GUGGGGCAGUGAUAAGGCAUUGGCAUUGAACAUUGGGCGGCCCAGGGUGAAGUGGGCGUGCCAGGGAGCUAUGUGGUGACAUACGGGGUUUAUGCUGGAUGAUGAGAGCUCGCUGAUGUGGCAUAUUAAGCCGGGGUGGAACCGCAUUCUGCUGUUGGUUGUGCCGAGGCAAAGACCGGUCAUCAUAAGUGCACAUCAGGUUGCCGGUGAGAAAUCUGUGGUUGGGGGCAGCAUUUAUGAGGUUCCUCGUCCAGUGAUGAGGCAGCCACAGUUUGUUGUAGUUCCCCCUACGGGUGCGGGUCCUUCAACGAUGCCGCGACCCACGAGACAACCCUUUUCUCCUAUGUUUGGCAUGCCCCCUCCUGGUGGUGUAGGAGUAGCUAGUGGUCCAGUUCAAAGAGUCUCAGCCGUACCAUCUACAACAGUGGUCACUACAGUCCCACUGUCAAGCCAGACCCAGGUUAGUGUGCAACAGCCUGUCUCAGUGGCUAUCCAGUCGCUGCAGCAAGCCCCUGGGCCCAUGCAGCCUAUGCAGUGGAUGCCUAAGAUACCUUUGAUGAGUCCUAAGCCCUUCUUUGGUGACAGGAAGAAGGAAGAGGACUUAGACACCUGGGUGAGAACUGUGCCUACUUAUGUGAGGCACAAGCUCACAAGGCCAGAGCAAGAAGUUGUUGUGGCUGCCUCCUUUCUAGAGGGGUCAGCAGCCCGCUGGUUGAAUGGCUUAGUACAGCAACAGGGCUACGGUCAGGAUUUCGAUGCCUGGGCUCAGGCCCAGACAUUGGAACAGUUCGUACGGUCUGUCUACAACAGGUGGCAUGACCCGCAAGGGGCUCAAAAGGCCACCGAUGCUAUCAACAAUCUUUGUGCCCGUAGGUUCAAGGAUGUUAGAGAGCUCACGGAUACCAUAGAGCGUCUACUCAUGGUACCUGGUGUGCGCUUUGACCAGCAGGUUCUCCUGACGGAUUAUCUAAGGUGCCUACCUGCAGAGGUAAGGACCAAGCUGGUUGAUGAGGCCUAUGUCGAACAACAUGCCUUCGCUACUUUUAGUAAGAAAGCUCUGGACAUAGAGGCAAAGCUUGGAUCUGCGCAUAAGGCAUCUCAUGAUGGUAGGAAGAGACUGCCCCAAGACUGGAAGAAGAAGGGUCAGUUAAUGUUCGUUGACCACGAUGGUCAAACGGCUGAGAUUGACGAUUUCCCAGACCUUGGGGAGUUGACAGAGCAGGAUGGGGCUAGUGAGACUUCAGAUGGUGGAGUCGUGGCACCCAUCAAAGAAAAGGCUAGGGGGACCGGGAAAAAGAAGGUAGUACGGUCCACGGGUCAAGGAGACCAAGGGACACCCGCAUGUGUGAAGAUUGGUUUGGAUUACGAGGUGUGGAGGGAUCGAGUUGCCAGGGGCACAUGUAUGAACUGUGGCAAUUAUGGCCACACAAUGGUCGAGCCGAAAAAGGAAAAACUUCACCAGGCGGAGCAGGAGUACGCUGCCGUGAUGAGCACCUUGAGUCAGAAGCAAGACAGACUCAAAGCUGUCGAAAGUCACUUGAACCUAUUAAACGAAACCUUGAGAUACAUGCAGCAGCAGAAGGAGAACUUGGAGCAGCAGGUGGCGUCCUGUACGAAAAAAUUAACAGUGGCACAGCGAUUGCUGGCUGGGCUCGGAGAUGAGAAGAUCCGAUGGCGCGCCGCCGCGGCCGAGUUGAAGGACAAGCUGGAUCAUUUGGCGGGAGAUUUGAUGCUGAGCGCGGGAAUAAUCGCGUACCUAGGUCCGCUCACUCUGCCGUAUCGGUCGGCGUGCGUGGACACUUGGCGCGCGGACUGCGCCGAGAGAGGCGUGAUCUGUUCCUCCUCCUUCUCCUUGUCCUCUGUCCUCUCCAACCACUUCCAGCAUCGUGAUUGGGCGAAGCAGGGGCUGCCUAGAGAUGGCAUCAGCGUGGACAACGCCAUAGCCAUCGCUCACAGCCGUCGAUUUCCGCUGAUGAUCGACCCGCAGGGGCAGGCCAGCGCGUGGGUCAAACGGAUGGAGAAGGACCACAACCUUGUCGUCUUGCGGCCGUCAGAUGCAACGUACAUGAGAUCGCUAGAGACCUGCGUACAGUUCGGGAGACCGGUCUUGCUGGAGAACGUCGGCGAGGACGUCGACCCGGGGAUCGAACCAUUGCUCUUGCGACAGACAUACUGGGAGAACGGCGCUCUCUGCAUCCACCUCGGCGACAGUUCCAUCCCCUUUUCCACGUCAUUCCGGCUUUUCAUUACCACAAGGUUGCGGAAUCCUCACAUAUCGCCCGAGCUCAGCACAAAGGUGCUUUUGCUAAAUUUCAUGAUAACGCCCGAGGGGCUGUCCCAACAGCUGUUGACGAUACUCGUGACCGCUGAGCGGAUGGAGCUAGAGGAAGAGAAGGUGGCUCUGCUGGAACGAGGGAACGCAAGCCACUGCCACCUGGCACAGAUAGAGGAUCGAAUCCUGGAGAUACUGUCGGGGCAGGGGGCGGAGGUAGGAGACAUGGAGGGAAGUGAACGGAUCCAGCCCGGCAAGGAGGAGCAGGAGUUGCCCUGGUCGGGGAGCAAGCUGCAGAAGCGACAAGAGGGAAAGGGGGGGGGGGAUAAGUUGUCAUACUAUGGGAGUGUUCUGGAUGACGAGAGCGCCAUAGAGGCCCUUCGAACUGCGAAGGCUUUAGCGGAAGAGAUACAGAACAAGCAGGCUGUUGCAGAGGAAAUGGAAAGGAAGAUAGACGCUGCGAGAGCAUGUUAUGCUCCGGUUGCAAAGCGAGCUGCCUUGUACUACUUCUGCGUCAUGGACUUGGCGGGCAUCGACCCCAUGUACCAGUUCUCCCUGUCUUGGUACUACGAAGAUGGAGCUGGAGCGAUGGCGCCACAGAUCAGCGGAGUGGAUGCUUUCAAAUCUGCGCCUGAAAUCCACCGAGUGUCAUCGCAAUCGCAUGCUUUGAAUGUGACUUUGUACUGCCGCGGCUUGCUGCCAUACUUGCGAUUGGAGAUGACGCGGUCAACUUCCUGAUGACCGUCCAUAGAAGGAGGGUCCGGCGAUCGUCGGCCCGGAAAGUCGUCGCUCUUGGCUGGCGUGUAUGUUGCCAGCUUCGAGGCGUGGAAGACCGGAUGGACCGUCAGAUGCUCUGGAAUGUUGAUCACAAAUGAAGGGCCAUCGGGCUC